AUGCUACAACACAUUCAAAUACCCCGGUUGGUUGUCAACGACACCGACAACAUUGAAUUGCAUGGAUUCUCCGGUGCAUCUACGAAGGCAUACGCUGCUGUAGUGUACAGCAGAGUAAUCAACAAGGAUGGCUCGAUUUCUACAUCGAUUAUGGCUGCGAAGUCUAGGGUGGCUCCGCUAAAGCAGCAAUCUCUGCCCCGCCUAGAGCUUUGCGCGGCACUUCUCCUAAGUCAACUCAUACGUUCGAUAAAGGCGGCACUUCGACAUCAAAAGGUCACGGCUUUUGCAUGGUGCGAUUCCACAAUCGUUCUCUAUUGGCUAUCAUACGCACCCUCUCGACUAAAGACAUUUGUUGGGAACCGAACUUCGGAAAUUCUGGACACCAUUCCAAGGCAUUAUUGGCGUCAUGUGGACUCCAAAUCAAAUCCAGCUGAUUGCGCAUCCAGAGGUCUCAUGGCUGCAGACCUAAAGGACUUUCAGCUAUGGUGGAAUGACCCGUCAUGGAUACGUGACGCGGAUCAGUUUCUGGUAAGGUUAAACAACUCACAAGUCUGUUUGAAUAUUUCAGAAAAGAACAUAGAAAAGGAAGCCAAAAGCAAUUGUCUGACUGCAUUAGUAGAGGCAGCUCCUGAUCAUCCACUUGAUCAUCUUGUUCAACGAGUAUCUUCAUGGUUGACGCUCGUUCACACGGUUGGCUAUGUCCUUCGCUUUCUACGGUGCACGAAGGGUCCAUUUGGGGACAAGGGCUCAAACUGUCUUACGUUUGAGGAAAUCACCGCGGCACGCAUUGUAUGCUUGCGCCACGCGCAAACCUGCUUUCAGGACGACUAUCAAUUGCUACUCGCAAAUAAACCAUUGCGAAGUCGAUCUCAGCUGGCUAAACUCUCGCCAAUGAUCGACAAGGACGGACUACUCAGGGUUGGAGGACGCUUGUACCACUCGCAAUUGUCCACAGAGGCGAAACAUCCAGUUUUGCUACCGAAAUCUCAUCGCAUCACCAAGCUGAUACUUGAAUACGAACACAGGGUCAACCUGCACCCUGGCGUCUCAUCACUCUUUGUUAUGGCCUCUCACAACUAUACCAGAGGCAGACUUAGGCCACAUCCCCGCCGACUUGGGUACUGGCAAAGUAUCCAAUCUAUGAUGCAAGGUUUCUGGAAGCAAUGGCAUCAGGAGUAUCUUACCACAUUGCAACAGCGUCCAAAGUGGACCACUACAACACCAAAUAUAGCAGUGGGAGAUGUGGUGCUUGUAAAGGAAUCGAACACCCCACCAGCUCACUGGCAUCUGGCGCUGGUUCUCGAAGCCUACCCAGGCAAGGAUCAAUUGGUUCGAGCGGUUAGACUCAAGACCUCUUCGGGAGAAUUAACUCGGCCAAUCACCAAGGUUGCGGUAUUGCCCCGUUCAGAAACUGUGUUUCAGGGCGGGCCGGGAUGUUCAGGAACGGAUUGCGUUUAUCGAUAA